UGUAGAGUCAUAGUCGAGUGUAGCCAAGCAACGCGCAAUGACCACAGUUUCUAACGAUACGGUACCACGCUCAGACAGGUUGUCCUUUCCCACUUCCUGACCCAACGUCUCUUUUUCAAAUUAAAGAAGGAAAAAACUCUUAUCAGAGAAAUGUAUGACCAUCCCCAAAACAUGGGUUGAGGAUGCUCCUUUUCCUUCUAAAUGAUACCAUAUCAUAUAUGGUGUCAACAAAGAGAGAGAGAGAGAGCCAAUAAUAAUGUCACUUUAUGGUGACCACGUGAAACUUGAUUUACCCAGUGAUUGCUGAUUUAUAAAGAGUGGUGCAAAAAGUGUUGAUGAUAGGUGUAACAAAAGAAAAGAUUCAAGAGACGACUUAAAUCUAAUUUAAGGCUCUAAGACAAUUCCAAGAAACAUUUGGUACACUAUCACGUACUCUACUUCCUCCACUCAAUAAAUAGGCUGUGAUUCGUCCAUCUAAAAUAAUUUUAUUAUAGAAAGACAAAUUUAAUUGUAAAAAAAGAAUUUAAGGUAUUAAUUACUGAUAGAUAUUAAAAAGAAACGCUGACAUUUAUUGUUUAAUACACUUCGAACAAUACGAAAAAUAAGAUAAAUUAUUUAGGAAUAAAGUAAUUAAAUAAAUAUAAAUGAAGUAAAGAUCAAAGACUAUAAGAAAACUAAACAUAUAGAAUAUAUUUAAAAGAAUCAAGAAAGGAGGGAAUUUCUUCAAUUUUAAAAUGUCAAUGAAGAGAAUUGCAGUUUUGACAGCAGUACAAACAUCGCAAUAUUAUUCGAAUAAUUCGAGUGGUUCUGGUACAGGCUAUAUUCUUCAGGGAUAUAAUAUGUCCUCUAGUGGGAAUGGAAGAUCUGGUCGUUUCGAAACUGAUCUUCAUGGAAAUGUAAACAUUCUUCUAGGAGGAGCCAUGCUGAGCGGUGUCAUUAUCAUCGUCGUACUGGUUUGCUACUGCUGUCAUAGAAAUGUACGAAAGCAUCGACCGCAGGAGUAUUCUCAAUACUGGCGCGCUGAGCCAGAUGUUCAUAGUCUUGAAGUUUUUACGAUGGAUUCUCAUGCUAUGUGUUACGAGCGAGGGGCAGGUUUAACCACAACGGAAGAAGGCACCUUAUCAUCGCUGCCCCGUCCUGUGACACCGGGACCGCCUCCAGCUUACGAAAGCCUAAUUUUUAACCCCCCAAGUUUACCCUCUCCAAGUGAUAAGAAGGAGUCACCCAGAAGUCUCGGAAACAUACUUCCGGUAUUACCGGAAUCUGAGACAGGUCGCAUUAAAAAUAAAGAGGACACUAAUAACGACGAUGAGGGUCUACCUUCUUAUGAAGCUGCUUUGAAACUUGAAGCGAGCGGUUAUGUCUAAAUUCAAAAUUUAUGAGAAUUACUUCUACCAAAAAGAAAUUUUGGCUCUGUCCUGAAACUUGAAGCUUCCAGAAAAGCUGCUGAUCUGCGAGACGAGGCUUGAAAAUGAAAAGAUACUGAAUUGUUUACGUAUCCUGCAAGAAGUUAAUGGUUUCGAAAUUCCCAGAUUUUCGAAAAAGUCGGGAGCUUAUCAAAAGCGCGCAUACAUGAGAAAGAUUCCCAAUAAUUAGAGUUGAUCUUCCUUUUCUAAAUGUGGAGUUAAAUUUGAUUUGGUGUUUCCAAAUCUUUACAUCAGUUAAAUUUUUAUUGGGAGAUUUAGUAGUGAUGCUUUAAAAAAGUGCAAUCUUUUGAUUUUCCUGGGCGAAUAAUUAUUACAGAAGAGCAUUUAGAAACUUUUACUCAGGAUACAUAUUUUAUACAACGAGGACGCUUUGCGGUACUUAACGGAUUUCGUUUUGUACGCUUGUAGUGCAUACACUCUGUACAUAGUCCGUUUAAGGAUUAUGCAAAUUUAACAAUAUAUGCUUUUAUU